UCCAUUUGUCCGCUCCCUCUUUAUAGCCCUCGUUCGCUCUGCUUCCACGACACCGCGGACCAAGCAAGGGAGGAUGACGACGGAACCGCUCGGGAAGCCGGCCCUCGAGGCCUCUCCCAGCUUCGGCGGCGCCUCCGCCUCCGCAUCCGCAUCCGUCGACGAGAACGAGCCGGCGUCCGAUGCAUCCAACUCUGCCUCUCGCCACGAUUUUUCCGCUCACCAAGUUAGUCCGUCGGAGGCGGAGGAGAAGAACGCGGACGACGAAGACGACGACGACGACGACGACUCCGGCGAUGAAUUCGAGUUCACGUUCGCGGUGAGGGACGCCGAUGCGUUUCCCUCCGUCACCGCGGACGAGAUCUUUUCCGGCGGCCGGAUCAUACCCACCUACCCCGUUUUCAACCGCGACCUCCUCCUCCCUCUUUCCGCCGCCGACGAGCCGACGAUCACAGAAAAGGAUCAGGCCGACCAGAUUCCGUUCGGACGGCUCCAGAUCGUGACAGGGGCGGAGUCUUCGACGGAGGAGCCGGCGGCGGCCGGAGAGCACUUCCCGGGUGGAGCAGACCGGUGCAAGAAGAGCGCCUCGACCGGAUCGUCGAUGCAGUGGCGGCUACGUGACAUGGUCGGCCGGAGCCACAGCGACGGGAAGGAAAAGUUCGUGUUCCUCGAGGCGUCGGCCAAAAAGAACAUCACGAGUCCCAACACCGCGAGAGCGGCGGCAGGUGGGAAGGGGGCGAAGGAGGGAAGGCGGUUAGCGGAGGUUGAUGCGGUCACCGGCCACCGUCGGUUCCACGGCAAGGGAACAAGCGAGAAGGCGGUGAAGGGACCGAGGCGGUCCUUCUUACCGUACCGACAACAGCUCCUGGGGUUGUUUGCUCCAGUGAACGGCCUCCGCCGGUCACAUCACCCGUUCUAAUAAUCCUAACUUCUUUUAUCCUCAAGCAAACCCUAAUCUCUCUUAUUUCUUUAUACAAUUAAGCAACUUCAAAUCGAAAUUUCUCUUAUUUCUAUUAAUAUGUAAAUGUUUGGUAUGACCUUUUUAUGAUUUGAUGGAAUGGACUAUUUUUAAGCUA